UAUGUUGCUGCGUAGCUGUAGUCCUACCCUCCAGCUGCCUGCUGUCUUGGACCUCUACCUCCCACUCCACCUCGUCUACCUAAUAUUUGACCAUUUGACCCGGACUGAGACAUUUCUAAGUCAUUACCAAUGUCCACUUCUUCUCCCUUCCCCAACUCCCACAACCAUAGAGUUUUCUUUCUCACCAAGGGACCCCAACCCCGCCCCGCCGCCAUGAACGCCGCCGGCCCAGCAAGAAGACAAGCGAGCCGGCGCACGAGCGCCAGCCGCAAACCCACCACCUCCGCCUCCGCCGACGACAACAGCAACAACGAGAAGCCUAUAAGCGGACGACACCAACACCAACACCAACAACAAGAACAACACAACGUCACCGCCGCACCCCCAACCGCACCCCCCCGACCGCCCCAAGCCCAGCCCCAGCCAUGCCCAAUCUGCCAGGAGCCCGUCGGCCGCCCGACACCCGAGGGCGUGACCGAGGCCUGGAGCAGGCUCCCCUGCGGGCACCGGUUCGGCAGCGUGUGCAUCAAGCGGUGGCUGGGCCUGGUGGCCGACGAGAGGCCCGCGUGUCCCGUGUGCCGCCGCACGGCCACGCACCUGUGCGGGCACCCGGCCGUGCCCGUCGUCAUCGUCGGCGGCAGCGGCGACGCCAAACCGCCGCUGCGCCGGGGGGGCGCCAGGGCGGGGGGGAAGAAGAAGAACAAGGGCUUUGAUGGUGGUGGGAGGGGAGGUGCGGCGGCGGUGCAGGAGGUUGGGGCGGGGGCGGGGACGGGGACGGGGACGGGGACAGGGGUGAAGGAGGUGGAUGUUGCCGAGACGGUGUGCGGGUACUGUCGGUCGUCGGCGAGGGUGGCGAGGAGGAGGAGGUGGGGGAGGAGGAGGACAUGGCCGUUCAAGCUGGUAUUGGGAUGUCUGUACUUGAUCCGCCACGGGCGGCGGUGGCGGCGCCCCGGCGAGUCGGACUACAUGCCGCCGGUGGUCCUGGUGGGGAUGCGGGAGCGCGACCCGGAGUGGGAGGAGUGGUGGAAGGAGCAGGAGCCUUGGGGUGUGUAAAUUGGGGGACGGGGGACGCGCAGUAUGCUGCUUGCACUAUGCUCAUCAUACGGCGCGGCGGAGAAUCGGCUUGAUGGGUUUUAGAGGGGUAUGGAGUCUGCGAUAUGAUUUGGCUUCGGAACGCGGGAUAUCACUCCUCUGAGUACCUACCUAUAGAUGGAUGUUUGUUAGGUUGUUUGCUAUAAGGCUAGUUGACAGCAGGAGGAGGCUUGGGAGGAGAGCUAGCGCGGGCCGUGCUUGGCUUUGACAUGGGUGAUGAUACUUUGCGAUAGGUAUAGUGGGGUCAGCGUGGGAUUUCUCCAAAUGCUCAGGAUAACUGCCAAUCUAGACCCCGCAUU